GAUUGUUGGUCGAAAGCGCUCCGCCAAGUGUCCGCGAGUGUCGUGUUCGCCGCGACCGUCUCUUUUAGGGGGGAAAUUACUUUCGGCGGAAUCGAUAUUAUGGUGUAUAAUAUUAUAUUAUUAUUAAUAUCCCUAGACCACUCUCCUGCGACAAUAUAACAAUAUUGUCUGCACCACUGCCAUACAAUUAAAAUAUAUUUGUAUUGUGUUUUAUAUUUUAUAAUAUUAUGCACGCGAUCGUCGACGAACAACGGCGGUUGUUUUGCAGUGACAUUUUCCUGAAAAAAUUAAACAAAUAAAAACCUUCGUAUAUACAGUCAUCUUUGCCGUCCGGUUCCGGUCGCGUCGUCCAAAGAUAAUUCGCAAUAUAAAUAAAAAAUAAUUUGACAUGUCCGCGAAUAACAGAAAUGCAUGCAAUAGAUAUAAAUGUGUAUAAUUACCUGUAGUAUUAUUAUUAUUAUUCGUACCUAUGAAAAAGUGUAUUAUUGUAUAUUUUCAUAUCGUACCGCAACGACAAUGAAGCGUAUCAUUUUUUUUUCCGUGACGUGGUGAACCAUGUGGGCAGAAUGAGCCGCGGCCGAAGAAAACUGUUGGUGUACGGGCUGGUCGUCGGCACGUUACUGUUGCUGGCGUACAAGCUGCGCACGUGCCCCGAACCCGAACCCCAAACCAUGUUCAUGAUGCCGAAAGACAAAUUUGUUACCGAUGAAAACAUGAAGAUCUACUCUUAUGAUCGAAACAUGCCACUAAUAUUCAUCGGUGGCGUGCCCAGAUCCGGCACUACGCUCAUGAGAGCCAUGUUGGACGCUCAUCCGGACGUCCGGUGUGGCCAAGAGACCCGGGUGGUGCCAAGAAUUCUACAGAUGCGCAAUCACUGGUACAAAUCGUCCAAAGAGUCACUUCGGCUGAAGGAAGCCGGAGUCUCUGAAGAAGUCAUCAACUCCGCGGUUGCUUCAUUCAUUCUCGAAGUGAUCGCUCGGCACGGGGUGCCGGCACCCCGACUGUGCAACAAAGACCCGCUGGCGCUCAAGUCCAUGGACUAUCUGAAGGUGUUGUUUCCCAACGCCAAGUACAUAUUCAUGGUUCGCGACGGCCGAGCAACCGUCCAUUCGAUCAUAUCGCGUAAAGUGACAAUCACCGGUUUCGACUUGAACAGCUAUAGACAGUGUCUGGAAAAAUGGGACGACGCCAUCGGCGUCAUGUACAAAAACUGCAACAAAGUCGGGUCCGGAUACUGUCUGAUGGUGUACUACGAGCAAUUGGUGUUGAGGCCUCGGGCCACGUUGACCGAGAUUCUCAACUUCCUGGAUAUCCCGUGGAAUGAGACGGUGCUCCACCACAAUGAAAUGAUCAACAAGCCCGGUGGGAUCGCCCUGUCGAUGGUGGAACGUUCAUCCGACCAAGUGGUCAGGCCGCUGUACCAAGAAGCGUUGACCAAAUGGGUGGGCCAGAUACCCGACGACGUGGUCAACGACAUGGCAAACAUCGCACCCAUGCUGAGCACGCUCGGGUACGACCCGGCAGCCAAUCCACCCACAUACGGCAUCCCGGAAAACGUGGCUGCACCGGAGCAUCAAUACGAAUCGAGUGCCAGUGGUGAUACGAAGCACACCACCACGCGCAAGCGAUAGUCGAAAUACAUAUUUUGUUUGUUUUUUUUUUUUUUUUUUUUUUUUUUUCAAUUAUUUCACACUUCUUAUUGUUGUAAUCGUUUAAAUUUUGUGUACAAUGUACAGGUACCUAAUGUCCUAAUAUAAUAUAAACAUGAACAAAAUAAUAUUAUAAUAUUUUAUUAAAUACAGCUGAACGGUU